AUGUUAAGUAAUGCUCGUAAAUAUAUACCACCAUGUCAAAGUCGAUUUUGUUAUAAACGUAUAAAGGAUAUUGCAAAUACAGAAUAUGAAAAAGUAUUAAGUUCAGUGCAACAGUGUCUUACAAAAAAUGAAAUGUCAAUUAAGGAUCAACGUGCAGCGGAAUCAUUUGCAGAUUUACAACAAAUUAUUCAUGAUUUAUAUUGCAAACGAUUACCAGAUAAAUUAUAUCGACAUGCUCGAUGUGAAUAUAAACAAGUUAAACGUCUUCAAAAAUUAUUACAGCAUCGCCGAUCAAAUAUGAUGAUAUGCCGAGUUGAUAAAAGCGAAGGCUUCUAUAUUGGUGAUAAAACUAUCAUGGAACACAAAACUCUGGAAUAUAUGAAUACAACUGAAGCUUAUCAAGAACUUACUAGUGAUUAUUGUCCUUUAGCUGACAUAUUACAAGCAACCACAAGUGUUCUCGAUUAUUUCGUGAAGAAAAAUAUCAUUACAUCAGCUAAACGUGAUAAACUAUUACCGAAUUUAGAUAAACUUGAACUACCUUAUCUAUAUCCAUUACCAAAAAUACAUAAGCUUGGAAUUCCUAUCAGACCUAUCGUUUCUGCACUACAUGCACCAGUUAAUUUAACUUCAAAAUUUUUAUAUAAACUUUUAUCACCGAUCUAUCUACAAGUGGCUUAUGAAACAACAGUGAUAAAUAAUAUUGAUCUAAUUCGUAAAUUAGAAAAUUAUACAGCCGAUGGUCAUCUUACAUCAACAACAAAGUUUAUUACAGCAGAUGUUGAAAAUUUAUAUACGAUGAUACCAAGAGAUGGCGGACUUCAUGCAUUAUUACGAUUUCUCCAAAAAUAUUCUAAACAUGGCAAGAUAGGACCAUUUAGUAUAGAUAUGAUAAUGAAAAUGGCCCGUCUCAUUUUGGACAACAACUAUUUUGCAUAUAUAAAUAAGUAUUAUAAACAAACUCGUGGUGGAGCGAUGGGCUCUGCCUUUACUCAAGUAUAUGCCAAUAUAUAUAUGUUAGAAUGGGAAGAAAACUUAAUUCAAUAUCAAUCUUCGAAGAAUGAAAUUUAUGGAAGGUAUAUUGACGAUAUUUUUAUGACAACCAAUGAAUCAUAUGAUAUAAUCUCAGCCGUACUUGAACAAGCACAAAAACAAGAUGUUAAUAUUAAAAUAAAUCCUACUAUUAGUAAUUCCGUUAAUUUUCUCGACAUUACUAUAAAUAAUACUGAUGGACAACUUACAACAUCGAUCUAUCACAAGCCUACAGCUGAUCCUUAUUACUUACCAUAUCAAUCAGAUCAUAUUCAUAAUAUUCACCGCAAUAUACCAUAUACUGCAUUAGUACGUGCAGCACGUCUUUGUUCAAAUCUUCAUCAAUUUCAUAGGGAACGUUUAAGAAUUCAUGUAUCCCUAUUAUUAAACGGUUAUCGACCACACUUUAUUUCGAAUCAUUUUCAACGAUUCUUCCAAGUCAAUAAAUCUGAUAUUCUAUAUAGAUACUUCGAUGACAAAAUGUAUGCUCAAUUACACCGAAAAUUAUUAUAUCAAACUUCAAAGCGUAAACUAGAAGAAGAAGCGAUGAAAAAAGAUCCUGUUGUAUUUCCACCAGCAUUACAACAGCGACCAUGGAAUGAACGACAAAUGUAUAUUAGAUAUCGAUAUGAAAGUGGCCAUAUUUCGAUGUUUCCAAAAGAAUUUCGUAGAUGGUGGAAAAAACAUUAUCUAUCACCAGGAUCAGAAGCCAACCGCAUAAAACUUCGACUCAUUCCUCAAACAAAUCGAUCAUUACAAAACUAUCUUAUACGCAAUAGGCCAAGCAAACGUAUUCUCAAACAAAAAGAUAUGAAUACAUAG